AUGCCAUCUAACGACGUCUAUGACUGCGGUGCAUGUGAGCGACCGAAUUCCGCAGAUAUCGGCAUGGUAGCAUGCGACGGGUGCAGCGUAUGGUACCAUUACGCUUGUGCCAAAGUGUCGCCCGGAAUUCAAAAUCGAUCGUGGAGAUGCAGUACUUGUGCACCUCAACCGUCUUCGGAAGCAACCGGAGCAAAGAAGAAAGGAGGUAAGAAGCAGCAGGCGAGUUUGACUGUUCUCGGUGCGACAUCGGGUGAGAUUCAGAAGUCAAGCGCCUCGAAUCAAAAGAAGACUUCCGAGAAGUCGAAGAAUUCUGAAUUAUUGAGGACGUUGGCUAUCCCCAAUCCGGAUCCGAACACUACCGUCACUCCGAAAAAGCAUCCAGAAUUAACGGCUUUAUUGACAUCGAACCAUGAGAAGGCGAAAUCUUCCAAAUCAAGUAGUUCUACAGCCAGAGUUCGCGCGCAGCUAGCGUUACAGCGAUUAGAGGAUGAGAGGCAAUUACAGGAACGACAAUUGAAAGAGGAACGAUCGCGAAUAGAAGAAGAACGGGUCCGCCUAGAACAAGAGAAACAGCUCAAGGAUCAAGAACAUGCAAUAAAAUCGAAAGAACUGGCGAUGCAGGAAAAGUAUCUACGAGAAAAGUUUGAGUUGCAGGAUCAAUUGGUAGAAGAAGCUGCUAGCCACAAGUCAGGCAUUUCGAGCCGAAAAAGUAGGACAGAGGAAUGGUUAAAAACCCAGCGCGAGCUGAGCAAGCGGGGAAAUGUUUGGCCCGGUUUAGCGGUUCCAGUUCAACAACAACAAGGUUACGAUGGUCGACAAGAAGAGUUGGAAAAUCAUAAUCAUGACAUCAGAACCAAUGGUAGUUUGAUACAGCAGUUUGGCCGCCUGGAAGGAGUAGCUAACGGUUCCAACGGGGAGGGACUGACUGCCAAUCAAAUAUCGGCGAGACAGAUCUGGCCCAAGAAGCUUCCAGUAUUUUCGGGAGAUCCCGAGGAUUGGCCGAUAUUUGUACAUAGCUUUGAAACAGCUAACAUCGCGUGUGGGUUUUCAGACGUUGAAAACAUCAUACGUCUACGUGAAUGCUUGCGAGGACCGGCACGAGAAGCCGUGGUCACUAAGCUAAUGUUUCCUCAAAAUGUGAAGGCGAUCAUGGACACGCUGCGACGAUUAUACGGCAGACCACAGCUUUUGGUGAAAAACCUUUUGAACAAGGUUCGUCGUGUGGAUGCACCGAAGCCUGAAAGAUUGGAUUCCCUCAUCAAUUUCGGAUUGACGGUACAACAGCUAUGCGACCAUUUGGAGGCCGCAAAUCUAAAGGGUCACUUGUCUAAUCCAACCUUACUCGGCGAGUUAGUAGAUAAAUUACCGGCAUCUAUUAAACUCGAGUGGGCGAGGUUUAAGCGUCCACAUGCUGAACCAACAUUGAAACACUUCGGAAUUUUCAUGGAGGAACUCGUCGACGACGCUAGUGAAGUCACGUCACCCAUUCAACCGAAGUCAGUCAAUUCUGGAGCUGACAGGGAUAAGUCAAAGGAAAAGGGACAUCUAUACACACAUGAAGAAGUUGUUGAAGAGGAAAGUCACAGCGAACGUCAGCCUUGUCCGAUAUGCAAAAGAACAGACCACCGAGUGCGGAAUUGCGAACGAUUCCAACAAUUAGGGUUGGAGGCUCGCCUAAAGGCGGUUGAGCAAUGGAAUUUGUGCCAAGUUUGUUUGUUCGAUCACGGGCAAUGGAGAUGUCGCUCGAGAAUCCGGUGCAACGUCGGAAACUGUCGUGUUCGUCACCACCCACUGCUUCAUCGUCAAGAACAACGUCGACAUCAAUUACGAGCAUCAGAGUGCAACACUCACGAGCAAUCGCAAAGGUCCGUCCUUUUCCGGAUAAUUCCCGUUACAUUGUAUAAUGGAAACCAAAAAUGUGAAACUUUAGCCUUUUUGGACGAAGGUUCUUCCCUGACCCUCAUAGAAGCAAGACUGGCACAGCAACUUGGCGUUUCAAGUGUUCCAAAACCAUUAGAGUUGCGAUGGACCUCUAGUGUAAUGAGAAACGAGCACAAUUCCGAGCGAGUGAAUUUCGAAAUCGCCGGCAAAGGAUUAACACGGCGUUUUAUAUUGAAAACCGCUCACACAAUUGAGGAGUUGAAUUUGCCAAACCAGAGUUUGGCUAUGGGCAAGUUGACCGAGCGAUUCUCACACCUGCGUAAUCUUCCUGUCUCAUCGUAUUCCGGAGCCGUUCCAAAGAUUCUUUUGGGAUUGGAAAAUCUAAGUCUUUUCGCUCCACUGGAUAGUUGUGUUGGCAAACCAGGAGAUCCGAUCGCCGUGAAAUCGCUGUUAGGUUGGUCCGUAUAUGGUCCGGAUGGAAGUGCAAUAUCGAAGAAUGGAUUUGUGAACGUCCACGAAUGCAGUUGCGACGCUGAUCGUCAAUUAAACGACUUGGUUCGACAGCAGUUUAUUAUAGAAGAAGCUAUUACCAGCCGAACGCCAACUCUCGAGUCCGCUGACGAAAAACGAGCCCGUGAAAUAUUAGAAAGCACUACGAAGUUUGUGGAAGGAAAGUAUGAAACUGCAUUGCUUUGGAAAACCGACGAUAUACAGUUGCCAGAUAGUCUCCCAAUGGCGAUGAAGCGCCUAAGAAGCUUCGAAACCCAACUAGCCAAGGACCCAAGUCUACGAGCCAGUGUCAAUAAUCAGAUCGUAGAUUAUACGCAAAAGGGCUACAUCCACAAAGCCACCGAACAUGAGCUAAUCGAAAUAAAUAAAAGACAGGGUCCAGAUCUGCUGGUGUCGCUUCCAUCGGUCAUCUGCAAAUUUCGGGAGAAGCGCAUAGGAUUCGGAGGUGAUAUCCGAGAAAUGUUUUUGCAGCUUCGGAUGAGAACCUCGGACAAAUAUUUCCAGUGCUUCCUGUUCCGGUUUAACACUCAAAACCCUCCAGAAGUGUAUAUAGCAGAUGUGGCUAUGUUUGGUGCCACAUGUUCACCAUGCGUUGCGCAGCACGUUUUGCGUCUGAACGCCGACAAGUGGGCGAACGAGUAUCCUUUGGCGGCGGCAGCGAUUAAGGAUAAAACAUACAUGGACGAUUACUAUGAUAGCGCCGAUUCUCCCGAAGAAGCAGCUAAGCUGGCGAAGCAAGUGCGAUCCAUCCAUGCGCAUGGAGGAUUCGAGAUGCGAAAUUGGGUGAGCAACAGUGGCGUAGUAUUGGAAGAGCUUGGCGAAAGUGUCGCCCGAGAUCCACGUCUUUUGCAAUCAACAAUAGGAGAAAAAUGGGAGAGAGUGUUGGGGAUGUUAUGGCAUCCGGAAUCGGAUGCGUUGACCUUCUGCACGGAGCUAGGUGAACAGUUGCUUUUCUACAUCAAUGGAGAUAAACGACCUACGAAACGCAUAGCUCUGAGGAUUAUAAUGAGCUUAUUCGAUCCCCUUGGUCUAUUAGCUCCAUAUCUUAUUCAUGGGCGUACCUUAAUACAGGAUUUAUGGAGAAGCGGUAUUCAAUGGGAUGAAGAAAUGAGAGACGCCGAAUUUACAAAAUGGAUGCGAUGGGUGGAAUUGCUGCCUGGUAUUCGUGAACUCAGCCUUCCACGUUAUUAUUUCGGCGACGCACAACCGAUUUCCGAACAAUCAUUGCAGUGUCACGUAUUCACCGAUGCCAGUGAGGCAGGAUAUGGCUGCGCGGUCUACUUUCGCGCUAUCGAUGAAUUCGGAUGUGUAAGAUGCUCUUUAAUCAUGGCGAGAAGCAAGGUUGCUCCACUCAAACAUUUGUCCAUCCCUCGAUUGGAGUUGGAGGCUGCAGUGCUGGGCGCUAAAUUACUCAACAAUGCUUUGGCUUAUCACUCUCUUCAACCUCGCAAGGUGUACUUGUGGACGGACUCUUCCACUGUCCUCUCGUGGAUUCGCUCGGAUCACAGACGAUAUAAGCAAUUCAUUGCGCAUCGUAUUGGGGAAAUUCUGUCGUUAACCCAAGCAGAAAACUGGCGAUGGGUACCGUCAAAGAACAACGUAGCUGACUGUUUGACGAAGUGGGUACACGAUACGGAACCUGAUUCGAGCGGGAGAUGGUUUAAGGGACCGGCAUUUCUAUACCUCUCCGAAGAUCUGUGGCCCCAGCAUUUCAUAAAAACCAAUACCACUGAAGAGUUACGCUCCACCUACGUCCUAGCCCACAUCUCUCUACCUAUUGGGAUAAUAGACACUUCUAGGGUAUCGAAAUGGAGUAUACUUUUGCGAACUGUAGCAUGCUUGUACCGCUUUGUCAACAAUUGCCGCUUACGAAUUUCUAAACGCCCGAUAGAAACCUUUCCGGCGACAAGAAAUCAGCAGAUCUGUUUGAAACGUACCAUUGCAUCGUGUAAGACACCGUUGAAGCAGGAAGAAUUUCAAAAAGCAGAGCAGUUUUUGUGGAGAGCAGCGCAAAGCGAAUACUAUCAAGACGAAAUUCGAACUCUGCUGAAAAACCGUGAUCAAACGAUUGCGGAAUGGUCGCCAAUCGAGAAAAGCAGCCCAAUCUACCAAUUAUCACCAUUUGCGGACGAGUUCGGAGACAGUCAAAUCACUCAACGACUUUUGGAGUUUUAUCAUCACCGUUGCGGUCAUGCAAGCAAAGAAUUGAUUGUUAACGAGGUCCGCCAACGAUUUGAGAUCUCGCAUUUACGUUCGGCUGUGGAUAAAAUUUCCCGAAACUGCGUGUUCUGUAAAGUAAACAAAUGUAAACCCUCUCCUCCUCGAAUGGCCCCACUACCCCAGCAUAGACUGACCCCAUAUGUGCGACCAUUCAGCUACGUGGGAAUUGACUACAUGGGCCCAUUGGAAGUAACCGUCGGUAGGCACAAAGAAAAAAGGUACGUCGCAGUGUUCACAUGCUUAGUCGUACGUGCCGUGCACCUUGAGGUUGCCUACGAUCUAUCGAGCGAAUCGUGUAUAAUGGCGAUCCGAAGAUUCUCGCGAAGACGUGGGUCUCCAGUAAAUAUUUUUUCGGACAACGGUACCAAUUUUGUGGGCGCCAACCGGGAACUUCAGAAGCAGAUACAACAGAUCAACAUAGCAAGCGCUGGCACUUUCACAGACGCACGCACGAAAUGGUCAUUCAAUCCUCCCUCCGCCCCUCACAUGGGCGGGGUAUGGGAACGAAUGGUACGCAGCGUUAAAGAAGCAAUGGCUGCAUUGAACGAUGGACGCAAAUUAACCGACGAAAUCUUAUGGACUGUGCUAGUCGAAACGGAAGGUUUGAUCAACUCACGUCGUCUCACUUACAUGCCACAAGAAAUAAAUUCUCCCGAAGCAUUGCCACUAAAUCAUUUCAUCUUGGGUUUGCUCGACUGGGACACACGAGCCUCUAGAGCCACCGACGAAUACGUUGCCUGGAAGCGAUGGGCGAAUGAAUACUUUCCUACAAUCAACAAGCGGACCAAGUGGCUGGAUGACGUGAGAUCCGUCAAGGUAGGGGAUCUUGUUUAUGUGUCGGAAGGCAAGAGAAGGUCGUGGAUUAGAGGUUUUGUGGAAGAAACUAUUCCUGGCAAAGACGGAAGAGUUCGGCAAGCAGUAGUGCGAACGGCAUCUGGAAAACUAAGGCGUCCAGUGAUCAAGCUAGCGGUGUUGGAGCUGGGUGGAUCUACGGAAGACCCUCCUCUCGAUCCACGGGGAGGGGGAUGUUCUGGCAACACGACUUCUGAACCAUCGCUUCCUAAUGCAGAAUCCAGCACUAAACGCACACUACGUUCCUCACAACAAUGA